GAGAACGUGACUCGCUUAGCAGUGGAAGUGUGCUGCGGCUUUAGAGGUCAGUCGCAAAGUGAGUGAAACAGCUGCGGACUAAAAAUGUUUUUGUUGCAGUAGAGACCGCGUUAUCUCAACGGCCAUUCCAGUAGGAUAAGACCAGUGGGUGGGCCGGCUACGUGAAGUGGGUGGGUAUAUUGGCCACGGAAAUGCUCGGAAGAAAACCCACUUUACGAGCUUUACGCGCGGGGCGGGCCUUUCAUUCAUGCGAGUCGGGGGGUGUUUGCCACUCAGUCAAAGACAAUCAAGAGAUGUUUGAGAUUCCGUGCGCAGGGACCACGGAGCCAAAGCGCGCAGCGGUCUCCCCCCUCCUCCAGUUCCACCUCCGAUCCGGCUUCUAACGCACACUCGACCCGAGAAGAAGCUCUUUUCCCUUUGGAAAGGAAAACGGAUCAUGCAAUGCGAUUUAUUUCGGCCGGAAGCAAGAAGGAGAAACUAGGACCGACCUGUUGACGAUGAUGGAUUACUCCAAGGCGCAAAUGUUGAGCUUAUCCGAGGCGGCCACUUCAGUCGGGUGUCCACAGUCCAGUAAUGCUGGGGUGAAGCUGGAGGCGGUGAUGGAGCAGCUGCAGAGACAACAUGGGGCCAAACUGGAGAUGAACCUUCAAGAGAAACAUCUUCUUCACGCCCAGCUCCUGUUUGCUCAACACGCUGCUGCAGCGAGGCCCUCGGACUCCCGGGUGGAAAGGACCUACCAAGCAGCUCACCAGGCUCUGAACGGCCGUGUCGGCAGAAUGGAUCCAGAUGAGGAAGAAGAUGAAGACUCUGAUGAGGAGGAGCAGGAAAUGGUAGAGCCCGAGGAGUACGAAGAGGGGGUAGGGGACGUAAGGGACGGGCCUCGCCAGCAAGUGAAGAAGCCUGGAUUCCAGCAGGUUGUAGGCUUCCCUUUGACUCCCCACUCCACGGCUCACUCGUCCGCUGUGAAGCAAAUGUCAGAUUCUCCGCCUUCGGCCAUAAAACAGGAGCAGGAGGAGAAGGCGCUUCUGUCUCCUGCAGGAAAACCCAACUUCACCUCCCCCAACGGCUCGGCUGAUUGGGGCUAUGAUGAGCCUCUCAAUAAAAGAGGAAAUGGCAUGUGGGCGGAGGAAAAUGAAGGCGGAAAAAUAAGAGGAGAACCAUCCAGGGACUUUGCCAAGCUAUAUGAACUGGAUCAUGACCCACAACGGAAGGAGUUCCUUGAUGACCUCUUUGUCUUUAUGCAGAAACGAGGAACUCCUGUGAACCGCAUCCCCAUCAUGGCAAAGCAGGUGCUGGACCUGUACAUGCUUUAUAAACUUGUGACAGAGAAGGGAGGCCUGGUGGAGGUGAUCAACAAGAAGAUUUGGAGGGAGAUCACCAGAGGUCUGAACCUCCCCACAUCCAUCACCAGCGCAGCCUUCACCCUCCGCACCCAGUAUAUGAAGUACCUUUACCCGUUUGAGUGCGAGAAGAAGGGUCUGAGUUCUCCAGGAGAGCUGCAGGCCGCCAUCGACAGCAACCGCCGGGAAGGUCGCCGUCCCAGCUACACCAACACUUUAUACCGCUACUCGCCCUCCCCCAGCUCCGCGUCACUGGGCCUCCUCUCUUCACCCACCGUGCAAACCCCCCCGACCGGACACACCGGCCUGAGUACAUCCGCCCCCUCACAUCUCUCAAAGAGAAACGCAGAUGAGAUGUCAACCCCUGUGUUGCCCGGCCGACCGCCCGGCGCUCUCACCCUGGGGCAGCAGCAGCAGCAGCUGGCACAGGCUGUGACGUUGGAGCAGUUCAGAGAGCGGCUGGAGAGAGGCGCUCCAGGAGCGGCAGCACCUGGAGGAGCUGCCGCCAGCGGUCCGGAGAAGAAAAUGAUGCGGAUGGCGGAGGAGCAGCAGCGCCUCAUGCAGCAGGCUCUCCAACAGAACCUCCUGGCCUUGGCGUCUCAGUUCAACCCCGUGAACCUCAAACUGAACAACAGACACGAGAGCAAACAGGAUUUGUCUCAGAGUGUCUCCACUAGUGGAGCAGCAAGUAUCAGUGUGUCUGUGGAGGUCAAUGGCACCGUUUACUCAGGAAUGCUGUUUGCUCAGAGGUCAGCUGCUCCUAUGGGGUCACAGAACGUAACUAUGGCAGGAACGAAUGGUUUCAGUGCCAUGUCGUCCUCGCACAGUCCCUCAUCUUCAUCUUCUUCCUCCUCCAAGGGACCACAUUAAGCCUCACUGGUCUUUAAAUCUGUCCAUAGCUUAAUGAAUUAUACAUUUGCAAUAUGCAUACUUCUCUGGUCAGGCAUGAAUUGUUUAAACUAUACUGCUUUUUACUUGUACACCUGUAGUUGUACUUGUCGACCCCCGGUUUGUUCACUCAAGCAGUGCAGUCUUUUUGUGAAACUUGGAAUGAAAUCUAAAAUGAGUAUUUCCAUUUUGGUUGAUUUAAUGUGCUUCAUAUGAGAUUUGUCAUGGGGACAGGGCUGACCGGCGUGCACAUUAACCAUAAUUUAAAUUCAGAUCAUAGUGACCGUGGUGCCUCUUAGAAGCUUUUCUGUUUUAGAAUGUGGCAUUCAUGUCUAAAGGGCUUCACAAGGUUUGUUCAGAAGUGUCUUUAGCACCUUGUUGAGUGUCCGAUGCAUUUAUAGCUAAUUAUAAUACAGUUUUGUAGCUGGCUUUUCCCAUGUAGAACAGUGUGGUCACAAAAAGUGCAGCUAAAGAAGACCAAAAAAGCUUCGGCUCAAUGUUAUAGGUCCGGUCUAACUAUUUUUUUGAAGCUGUUUUGUACCUUUGUAACCUCAUAGUUUAUUAUUUUUCAUAGCAGCUUUAAGGGAUUUCCUUAAGCAAUUUGCAGUUUGGUUGAAAUGUUGUAUGUACUGUAUUGUGUUUUCAUUUAACUCUUAUUUAAUCAUUUGGCUCAGCCUUAAAAUUUGCUGGGAAUUAUGGGUAAGGUGGAAGUAAUUCAACAUUUACCUGAAUUAACUUCUCAUGUUGGUAAGUAUCUCUGGAUUUAUUCUGGACUCAGGAAUGUACUCUGGACUUGUCAUUGUUAAACUGUAUCUCAUCAUGUAUUGCAAUCCUGUAUUUGCAUAAACAAAGAGAAUGUAUCAACCUCAAGCUUUUGACAAGUGAACACUGAAACAGUUCUACCUCACUCUUCUAGAGAAAUAUGCAAUACUUGUUGGAGCUUGUGGUGGAUAAGCCAUCUGCUGAAAUAUACCGUAUGUGGACAAUCAAGUAGACAUAUCAAUCAUGCAGACACAUGUCACUGUGAACUUCAAAUCAAGAUUAUGUUAAGCUCUGUUUGGGUCUUUGAAUACUGUAGGUCUUUGAAUACUGUAUCUCUUGGACAUGUGGUCAUGAGGAAUAAAAUCAUAUUUGGG